UAUCACACUCCUCACUCCAUUUCCCAAACCCUAUCAAUAAACCCUAACUCCCCUCUCUCCAACCUUAUCCAUUUCCUCAACAAUGUCUACCUCUGCAACCUCCCUAGCCCUUCCCUCUCUCCGAACCAAAACCUCUACAUGUUUCUCUGCACUCCCUUCCUUCUCACUCAACACGAAUUUCAAACCCUUUUCAUGUGGCUCUCUUCGUAAGACGUUGUCUUUGAGUCACCGGUUUGUUACCCGCGUUGCGGUUUCGUCUGAGUUUGACCAGGAAGAGGAUACUUUUGAGGGUGGAGAUACUAGAAGCUACUCUGCUAACCAGAGGCUGUUUGUUGGGAACCUUCCGUUCAGUGUGGAUAGUGCGCAACUUGCGGAGAUUUUUGAAAGUGCGGGGAAUGUUGAGAUGGUUGAGGUGAUUUAUGAUAAGACUACUGGUAGAAGCAGGGGAUUUGGGUUUGUUACUAUGUCUUCGGCUGCUGAAGUUGAAGCUGCUGCUCAGCAGUUCAAUGGUUAUCUAGUGGAUGGAAGGGAAUUGAGAGUGAAUUCUGGACCUCCUCCACCUCGUGAAAAUUCUCGUUUUGGUGACAAUCCUCGGUAUGGCGGUGAGAAUUCUCGAUUUGGUGACAAUCCUCGUUAUGGCGGUGAGAAUUCUCGUUUUGGUGAUAGUUCUGGUUCUAGAGGUCCUCCAAGAGGUGGUUCAGAUAGCGAACACCGGGUUCAUGUGGGUAAUCUUGCUUGGGGUGUUGACAACUUGGCACUUGAGUCAUUGUUCCAAGAACAAGGAAGGGUUAUAGAAGCUAAGGUAAUCUAUGAUAGGGAAAGUGGAAGGUCUAGAGGCUUUGGAUUUGUGACUUUUGGUAGUGCUGAAGAGGUCAAUGGUGCUAUUCAAUCCUUAGAUGGCGUGGACUUGAAUGGAAGAGCUAUAAGGGUCUCACCCGCAGACAGUAGACCAAAGCGUCAAUUUUGAGGAUUUUACCUUUCACUUGAUCAAGAGAGGGUUAUGCAGGUAGUUGGAAGUUAUGUGGCGGCAAUUCAUCAAUAUUUUACAACUGUUUGCGCGAAAGAAUUCACUUCAUACUUGGUAACUGUAUCUACACACAAGUAGCAGUACCUAACAAGCUUCUUUCUGAAGAAGAGAUAACACUCUCUGGAAACAUGAAUGUGUGCUCUAGACUUAAAUAGUUUUUAUUUUGAACUGAUUUUGUAGUCCGUAUGUUACUGCUUUAUUAGUAAAGUAGAUUGCCCAAUGAUUAAUGGUUACAUCAAUUCAAUUUUGCGAUGUUAAUGUGGAUGCUGAUUUUUACUAUUGCGAUUGUGCCUGUAUAAUUGUCAACCACAAAUGUAAUCAAUGGCUUGCUUGUUUGUAGAAAAAAAUAUGGUGUUAUUUAUCGAUCCCGUGAUAUCUAUCUAUUUUGGUA